AUGGAAAACAGCACUGAUGUUAAGAUGGACACCAAGGCGGAGAGAAAGCCGAGGAAGCAGAACCCAUUGAGCAAAGGUGGAAAGAGAGUCUGCAAAGCUGUUGGCUACAUCACUGGGGACAUGAAGGAAUUUGGAGGCUGGCUAAAAGAUAAACCUCUCGUGAUCCAGUUCAUGGACUGGGUGCUGCGAGGGAUAUCCCAGGUGAUGUUCGUCAAUAACCCCCUCAGUGGGCUUAUCAUAGUGGCUGGCUUCCUGGUGCAGAAUCCUUGGUGGACACUCACAGGCUGUUUGGGAACGGUUGUCUCAACUUUGACAGCACUUAUGCUGGGCCAGGACAGAUCGGCCAUAGCAGCAGGCCUGCACGGCUACAACGGGGUCUUGGUGGGACUGCUCAUGGCUAUCUUCUCUGCUAAGGGAGACUAUCACUGGUGGCUCCUACUCCCAGUGGCACUGGUGUCCAUGACCUGCCCCAUUUUCAGCAGUGCUUUAGGCUCAGUCUUCAGUAAGUGGGAUCUGCCAGUUUUCACCCUGCCCUUCAACUUGGCCUUGACUCUCUAUCUGGCUGCCUCAGGACCCCAUAACCUCUUCUUCCCUACAACACUCAUUCAGCCUGCAACAACAACACCCAACAUCACCUGGACUGAUGCUGAAGUGCCAAUGUUGCUCCAAUCCAUUCCGGUCGGAGUUAGUCAGGUAUAUGGCUGUGAUAACCCCUGGACCGGGGGAAUUUUCCUGGUUGCUCUAUUUAUCUCCUCUCCACUCAUUUGUCUGCACGCGGCAAUUGGAUCAGCAGUGGGGAUGCUGGCAGCCCUGAGCUUAGCAACACCUUUUAGCAAAAUCUACUCUGGCUUGUGGAAUUACAACAGUUCCCUCUCCUGCAUUGCAAUCGGGGGCAUGUUCUACGCAUUCACCUGGCAGACACAUUUGCUGGCAAUUGCUUGYGCACUCUUUAGUGCCUACAUGGGAGCAACACUCACUAACAUGUUGGCUGUGUUUGGGUUGCCAUCAGGAACCUGGUCUUUUUGCUUGUCUGCACUGACAUUUCUGUUAAUAACCACAAACAACUUGGCCAUCUACAAGCUACCCCUCUCCAAGGUCACCUAUCCAGAAGCCAACCGAGCUUAUUACCUGAAGGUGACGAAACAUCAGAAGUCCUCCUGCGAGGUAUAA